AUGGCGCAUCCCAACAAAUCGUCUCUCCUGAACCGCCUCUUCCCCCAAGAGGAACCUCCAGCCAGCCAAGUUCUCUCCGGAGAAGAUCUUUCGUCGUCGACACUCUUCGCCCACAUAAGCAGUCCCGGGCUUUUCUCUGCCUCCAAAGCCCCGUACUUCUCGUCCUCGUCUCGAGAAGAGCAGCUUCGUCCAAACGAUUUGUUUCGCGCGUGUUUCGCCAAUUUCAGCAAUGAUUCGGCAAAAAGCAAGGCGCACGAGGAGAAAGCUGCCACGGGAGAUGCAUUGGAGCACUUGAGAGAGGCUUUUGCCCAAGAGGGCGUGGAGUUGUACACUUCGGUCGUCAGCAAACUAGCCGAAGCUCGACAGGAGAUGGCCUCUCAAAUAUCCGACUUUGCCACCAUGUCGUCCACUAUGGCAGCGGACAUGGAUGAGUUGUAUGCAAACUUGUCAUAUCCACUUUCGACAACCCUCUGCCACUCAAAGAAUUUCCCUCGAGCCACCAUUGAGGUCCAUCUGGCAAACGUCAAAGAGGACCUCAUAAAGGCCGAAAGAGAGUUGCAAGGAUUAGAGCGGGAAUGGCAAGAGAAUGUCCAGUCGGAACGGAAAUUACGCCAGGAGCUGCUCAACCUGGAAGGGAAUCCAGCACAGAGCAGAGAACAUGGCUACAACGACGAGGAUGAUCUCAAAAAGGCUGGCUUCAAGCAAGAGAUUGAACGGCUGCUUUCGGAGACUGCUCAAGAACUGGAGGAAAUAGAGGAGGGGUAUAAGGAGGGUAUCCAAGCUCUCACAAUGAGAAUGAUGCAAGCCAUGCGGGCUGAUUAA